AUGGCUUAUGAAGCUCUUGAUACCCUGCUUCAAACCUUAGAUCAUAUCCUAAAGCACGGCGAUGAUCCCGUCAUCACUCACUCCGUAAAACAAGAAAUUUUAUCCAUCCGCAUCCAAGCUGUUGUCCUGCAGUUGAAUCUCAAACAUUAUCCAAAUACAGAAACAAUCAGAGAUGCAGCAAGUACAACACAUGAGAUUAUUGAAUUUCUCUUUUCUGAAGAAACUAGCACAACUGGAGUCAGACUUGCAAGCGGGCUGAGGAAACUAGCACAAAGACUGGAGUCAACCGUUGAAGAUGUAGUGGAUUACAUCAAGGGAAGCGACUCAAUCAGCAGUGUAAUUGAUUCCCCUGAUGUUAGUUCAUCAUCAAGAUCAGCAAUCACAAGAAGCAAAGAUGACAAGGUGAUUGGUUUCGAAGAAGAUGUGAAAGAUAUCAAGGAUCAGCUUCGCAAAAGAUCAUCCAGACUACAGGUCCUCCCAAUUGUUGGAACCGGCGGCAUUGGUAAGACCACACUUGCUAAAAUUGUUUAUAAUCAUGCAUCGGUAAUGAAAAAUUUUGAUACUUGUGCUUGGGUCACAAUAUCACAAGAUCAUAGUGUAGAACGCAUUGUUCUAAAUCUUCUAGCUUCCAUGAAAGGAAUUUCAGUAGUAAGAGAUGCUGAGAGUGACAUUCCGAUGGAAACCUUAAUUUUCGAGUACCUAAUGGGUCAGAGGUAUCUCAUUGUAAUGGACGACAUAUGGAGUAAGAAAGCUUGGGAUGAUGUCAAGAUAUUGUUUCCUGAUGCCGGUAAUGGCAGUCAGAUCAUAGUCACCACAAGGCUGCAGGAUGUGGCUGCUUAUGUCGACUCUUCUAACUCCAUUCAUACUAUGAGGUUGUUGGAUUCACAUCAGAGUUGGAAUUUGCUAAAGGAGAAGGUGUUCGGAUAUAAUGACAUUCCUAUUGAAUUGGAAGACAUUGGGUUCAAAAUUGCUAAAAAUUGUGGAGGGUUGCCCCUUUCAAUCGUGGUGGCAGCAGGACUUCUAUCUAAGAUUCCAAUUCAUAAUCGAGACUCGUGGAAGCAAAUUGCUGCAAACAGCGGGCAGCUUGAAACAAUAAUUUGUUUGAGCUAUACCCAUUUACCCAAUCACUCGAAGCCAUGUCUUUUAUAUAUGGCUGGCUUUCCAGAAGAUUAUGAGAUUCGUGUCUCAGAACUUAUUCACCUUUGGAUAUCCGAAGGUUUUGUAACACUUUCAAAUGGAUCUAAAAGCUUGGAAGAGGAGGCCGAAGAUUUUAUCGAGGAUCUUGUCGAAAGAAGUUUAGUUUUGGUCACCAACAGGAAGUUUGAUGGCAAACUAAAGAGUUGCAGCAUUCAUGAUAUUGUGCGGGAAUUUCUCGUAAGGCAGGCUGCAAAAGAGAAAGUGAUUCUUUCUGUUAUGGAUUACUUACCUACUCCUAUCCUGCGAAAGCAUUUUGUUCCACGUCUCAUAAAAGGUCAUCAUAGCAUAAGUGCUAGUUCGUAUGAUCUGCAUCUCAAAGACUAUGUGCAUAGCUCACACAUACGUACCAUAAUAUGUAUUCCGAAGAAAGGGCAUAGAUCUGAGGGAGUUGUAGAGAAGUUUAGUUCGCUGAGGGUCCUUCAUGUUUUACGUAGAAACAAUCAUUGGGAUUGGGAGGCAGGUCAAGUCUUCGAUUUGGUUCAUUUAUCUUACCUUGCUUCCAACAUCCCCAAUAGUAUUGUUCCUUCAACCAUAUCAAAGCUUCAGAAUCUUCAAACUUUAAUUAUUUAUAGAUCAGAUGUUGGUUUGCCCAUGGGGAUUUGGAGGUUGCGACAAUUAAGACAUCUUAUUGCCUUCUCAUUUCAACCCUUACCCAACCCUGAAGGAGAAAACAAUCCCCUAGAGAACUUGCAGGAACUUUCACUGGCAACGGACUUGGUGUGCAGUAAGAGAAUGGUGGAAAUGAUUCCGAACAUUAAAAAGCUGGGAAUAUGUUACUCCGUGGGGAAGUUUGAUGCGGAUGGGGGCUAUCGCCUCAACAAUCUUAAAUAUCUAUGUCAACUUGAGAAAUUGAAACUGGAGAUCCAUGCAGAUUUUUCAUGUAUAGAACUGGAAUUGGAGAUGCGUGUACGUGGGGAUUUUUUAUUUAGAGGCAUAAACUUUCCUCUACAACUGAGAAGGUUAACCUUGAGUGGUUGGAGACUUUCUUGGAGUGAUAUGACCAUCAUCGGUUCAUUACCUAAUCUUCAAGUGCUUAAACUACGAAACUAUGCUUGCAUAGGCAAUUUCUGGGAAACAUAUGAGGGUGAAUUUCGUGAGCUGAGACUCUUGCUAAUUGACCAAUCAGAUUUGGUGUAUUGGAGAGCUGAAGCUAGCCACUUCCCAAGACUCGAGUGCCUAAUGCUUCGUGAGUGCAGUGGUCUACAUGAGAUUCCAAGUAAUUUAGGAUAUAUUCCAACACUUAAACUGAUUGAGGUUGACGAUAAGUCGUCCAACUAUCUUUUGAGAAAGGCAAAAUUGAUGGAACAGACCCGGGAGAUGUUCCGCACUAAUAGCUGGGAUAUGUUCCCCAUUAAUAGUUUUCAAGUUCGUGUGAAGCGGUCCGCUCUUUUUGAGACUAGAUAUAUGUAA